UGUUCGAUUAGGUAAUUUUGUAAUUAAAAGAAGGCCUACGAGCCAAGACAUUCAGUUUUGACCCAAUCAGGCGAUUGUGGUUUUGAACACCGCUGCAAAAAAAAUUUUUAUAAUUCUCGGAGACAUGGGUGAAACAAUAAACUGUGAUCGGACGAAAAUCUGGUAUACUGCCUUAGAAGUUAGAAGUUUGUUCAGCGCGUCUACUGCAAUACGCAUUUCCGUGUACGACGAACGUCGCCCAAGCAUAGCGUUCGUCGUUCCCACCUAGGACCAAGACCUCCCACCGAUAACUGACGAUAGUCGUUAACAAGGUGCUCUCUCUAUCGCAUGUCCAAGCAGUGCAUUAAUUAUUAUUGCAAAUCAAAACGUAAUGAAGAGCUCUACGCUGCCCAACAAUCAGUAUGCAAUUAUUAUAAUGUUCGGUAUAAGCCAUAUCGUCGAGUUUGUAGGGUCUGUAUGAAGAAGAGCACACUGUUUUUAAAUAAAAUUAGUACACUCUUGAAAAACCAAAAAUUCAUAUUUGAUGACGAUAGCUAUUCAAGAAAAAAUAUUAAUAUUAUUGAGUUAUCUGACUCUGAUGACUCUAUUACCGACAACAAUGAUGGACCAUCAACAUCAUACCUAAAUCCCCAAACAACAAAAUUGCCUGAAACUAUUCACGCAGUGUGGAACAAAACUGUUAAACCGUUAGUCACUGUACAAAAAGAAAAAAUCACAAACUAUUUAAUUUCUGAAAGAUCUCAACUGAUUGCUGGCAUAGAACAAAUAAAAGAUACAGUGACUGAAUUAGACAACAAACUGAAAAAUAUGUACGAUAAAAUAUAUAAGUUUGAUAAGCAGCAAGAAUUUGAAUUCGAUAAAGAAAUCAAUAUUGUUGAUACUAAUGAUGUUUGCAUAGUAUCAUCGAAAAUGUUACCUGGGCUGCCAAAAGACUUGCCAAAAGGAGGCAGAGUAAUAAGGCCCUUACUAAAAAUGGGUGACCAAGUCUAUGGCAUGAAAGAUUCACAGUUACAGCCGUGGGUUAAGGCAACUAUUAAAUCUGCAGUUAGUGAUACAUAUUUCAAUAUUAUAUUUGAUGACGGAAAAGAAAUAAUUUUAAAUAAUAAAAACUUAGCAUACAUAAAUACUUUAAACGAAGCGCAGUAUCCAGUAGGUAGUAGAGUCAUCGCCAAAUUCCAAGAUAUGAACAUUCAAUUGACAGAUAAAUUCUACGUGGGAGUAGUAGCAGAACCACCAAAAUAUCUCAAUAAAUUCAGAUACAUGGUAUUCUUUGAUGAUGGAUAUACACAAUAUGUAAAUCAUAAAGAUAUUCGCCUGGUAUGUGGUGAACCAACAAAUAUAAGUGAUGAUGUACAUGAAAAUAUUAGAGAAUUUGUCAAGAUUUAUUUACAAAAGUAUCCAGAACGUCUUAUGGUAAAGUUUAAUAAAAAACAAGUAGUGCGCGCAGAACUAGACAAUAGAUGGGUGUUAGCCAAGGUAACAAACUUAGAUGCUUCGUUAGUUCAGUUAAAAUUCCUAUAUGUCACGAAUGAGCGCACAGAGUGGAUGUAUCGAGGUUCAAAUAGAUUAAGCCCAAUAUACAAUCGAAUAAAUAGUAAUAACCAAGAUAAGCAUAUACGUAGUACAAUGGGUGAUGUUAUAAAAUUUAUAAAUCAACCUUAUAUUGAACUAGAAAAUCUGACAGAAAAUGAAGAAAGCAUUAGUAAUGUUGAUAGUGAUAUCCAGAAAGAUAAUGAUUUAGCCUUUCCGUUUUAUUCAACUCGGAAAAAACAUAAACCUCAAGAAAAUAAUGGUAUUAUUAAAAUUAUUAAAAUACCAUCAAACUGUCCAAAACCAUUAUCAUAUAAGCACCACCAGUGUUCUUUAUCAUGUAUGUUAAGGGUCCGCUAUGACUAUUCUAAAACACGAGAUAUAAAUGUUUUAAGCAUUCCAUUACAUUUUGGUUUCACAAGGUUGAUAAAAACAGAUAAAGACUCAAAAUUAAAAAAAGUUAUCUAUACCACUCCUUGCGGACGUGAAAUAAACGAUAAACAAACAAUGUACAAAUAUUUGAAAGAGACAGGAUAUGGUAAUAACACAAUGACUAUUGAUUUAUUUGAUUUUGAUUAUAUGAUAAAUCCGUUGUCUUCAUUUAGUGUACCCGAAAAGUAUAUUCGCGUACACGACAUAUCUUAUGAAAUGGAAUUCAAAACAAUAAGUGUUGCCAACAGUUUGAAUGAUUUGGUACCAAAACAUAUUACGUAUAUAACAAAACGCAAACCAACCCCCGGUGUUAAUUUAAAUUUAGACCCAAAAUUUUUAUGUGGUUGUGAUUGUACUGAUAAUUGCCAAGACAAAACAAAAUGUUCCUGUUGGCAACUUACUUAUGAGAGUAAAAAAAAUUAUCCAAAUAUAAUUAAAGGUACUAACAUUGGCUACAAUUACAAAAGAUUAGAAAGUCCACUGUACACAGGUAUUUUUGAAUGCAAUAUCAAUUGUAAAUGUACAAAAACUUGUUUGAAUCGUGUUGUUCAGGAACCACUGAAGACUUCACUGCAAUUGUUUUUAACUGAAAAUAAAGGCUGGGGAGUAAGAACACUUACUGAUAUUCCUAAAGGCACAUUUGUUUGUACGUUUGUUGGAGAGGUUCGCACAGAAAAUGAUGAAGCAAUAAACGGUGAUGAAUACUCGGCAGAUUUAGAUUUUCUCAAGACAGUUGAAGAGUUCAAAGAAGGAUAUGAGAGUUAUGUGGCUGAAGAAGAAAGUGAAAAUUGUACUAGUACAUCUGAUGAAGAGUUUAAUCCUUCAAGUGAGAUCAAGAGUAAGAUGAAUGUGAAUAAAUCUAAAAUGUCAUUAAGGACAAAUUUACAAAACACAAACACAAAAAUUGAUGGCAAACACCAAUUAUCCAAGCUCAAUACCCAAAAAAAAGUUGAAAGUAAGCACAAAUCCAUAAUAGAACUCUUAGAUAAAGACUGUGGCGUUCACAUAUUGGAUUCUAAGGUCAGUGGAAACAUCGGUCGUUAUUUCAAUCAUUCCUGCGAUCCAAACAUUUUUAUUCAGAAUGUUUUUGUUGACACCCAUGAUCUUAGAUUUCCAUGGAUAGCAUACUUUGCAUUAAAAAAUAUUUCAGCUGGAACUGAACUAGCAUGGAAUUAUAAUUAUAUUAUAGGGAGCGUGCCAGACAAAAAAAUGAAGUGCUACUGUAAAACAAAAAAAUGCAAAAUCAGAUUAUUAUAAUUUUUAUUUAUGACAAAUAUCUUUUUAAUUAUUAAAUGUUUUUUUAUUCAUAAGUAAACAAAAUAUAUUAUUUUUAAAUGAUUUAUAUGAAAACUAUUACAUUAAAAUGUUGAUAAAAUUUCA